AUGCAUAUCCUGGUCACAAACGACGACGGACCACCCUCCGCCCAAGCCUCACCCUACAUCCUCCCCUUCGUCAACGCCCUCGAGGAUGCCGGCCACACCGUCUCCGUAAUCGUCCCGGACUCCCAAAGGUCUUGGAUCGGCAAAGCUCACAUCGUCGGACAAGACGUACGCACAACCUUCUACUGGCCACCUGCACAAGCACCAGAAGUCCACUCCGACUCAGCCUCAUCAAGCAACAAUGGUAAACACCCUUGGGUUCUGGUCAACGGAACCCCGGCGGGCUGCGCUCAAAUCGGACUCAGUCACUUCUUCCAAGACCGAGCACCCGUAGACCUCGUAAUUUCCGGUCCGAAUUAUGGACGAAACACCACUGCCGUUUUCGCUCUGAGUUCGGGGACUUUGGGCGCUGCGCUGGAGGCAACUGUGUGCGGGUACAGAGCCAUCGCGUUGAGCUUUGCAUUCUUUGAUCGGAAGAAUGAUCCGGAAGUUGUGGCGGAAUCCUGCAAACAGGGCGUGCGAGUGGCCGAGUAUCUUGCGAAGAAUGCUCCGUGGGAUGCUGCGCAGUUGUAUUCGGUGAAUGUGCCGGUGAAGAAGGGUUGCACCGAGGCUCCUGUGAGGUGGACGAAGAUGCUACAAAAUCAGUGGAAGAAAGGUGCCUGCUUUCAAGAGCUGCCGAGUGGAGCGGCAGUUGACGACCCUGCGAGUGAGGAAGCUCAGUUACGGAAGCAGGAGACGAAAGAGGCUGGGGAGAAGAGCGGCACUGCUACUCCUUCAAAUGACUGGAGGCAUAGACACUUCAAAUGGGCUCCGAGAUUUACGGAUGUCUAUGAGAGCGUGGAGAAGAGUGGACCUGGCUCGGAUGGCUGGGCUGUCAAAGAAGGUGAGACGAGCAUCACUGCCCUGAAAGCGAACUUCAUGCAUGCCGAAGGCUUCGAGGGCGAAGUCAAGCUAUGAUUGCGGAUGUGAAUACCAUUCCGAAGAGCAUGGGGUGAUGACAACUCGAUCGUCAAGACUCGAAUGCUAUAGCAAGCUUGGAUCAGAAAUGGCCCAAUCUAUCAGACAGAAGAAGCCAUCAUGUAAAAUAUUUCUGCACUCAUGCAAUGAUGUAUACUAGCAUAGAUAAGCCGCUGACGUACAUUCCACCUGGGUAUCAUUCAUUG